GUCAUCCCUAUUUUCACCCUAUCGACCAAAUAUAGUGUAUUUUCUCUCGAAUCCACUUCCGGGUAUUACCUGCUGCGAAUCGAUUGAAAGUUUCUUUGUAAAUGAGUUCACGGAAAUUCGCAUGAUCUAUCAGCUGGUAUUCCGGUCGAUUUCAACUUUAACGGUUCGGUUGAUUGAUCUGAAUACACUCGACAACCGCGGCAAACCAGUGGUGGCACAAAUUUGGUCGACCCAACAACCAACUCAAACCUGGAGUCUUUUUGCUGGACGCGUCGAUAAGGAAAUUCAACGAGCCAGAUUGCAGAUCGAGGUUGACAUGAGUGCAGAUGGACAAAUAGCGAUUGAAUAUAUCACGGUGUUUAAUCCGUUGGUUCUGGAACAAUUUUGCAAAGAAUUGGACGAGUUUUAUGUUCCUCCGCCAGCCACAUCGACUACGAGAGCCACACUUAGGCCUAGUACGAUGACUGUUCCUGUAACUACUCUAUCGACUACUAGAAGCACAACGCGUAGCACCAGCACGACAUCGACGACGACACUGCCAACGACAACAACAAGUAUCACAUCGACUACAAUUACUUCUACGAUACCUACCACAACGACUACAGCUACUACAACAACCCCGACCACAACAACUGUUACUACAACGACUCCUACUACUACGACUCCUACUACAACGACUCCUACUACAACGACUUCUACUACAACGACUCCUACUACAACGACUCCUACUACAACGAUUACUACCACAACGAUUUCUACUACAACGUCUCCUGCUACAACGACUCCUACUACCACGACUCCUACUACCACGACUCCUACUACAACGACUCCUACUACAACGAUUACUACUACAACGACUUCUACUACAACGUCUCCUGCUACAACGACUCCUACUACCACGACUCCUACUACCACGACUCCUACUACAACGACUCCUACUACAACGAUUACUACUACAACGACUCCUAUUACUACGACUACUAGUACAACGUCUACCCCAGUUCCAUCCACUUCUACAACGACAUCAAUGCCAACAACCACAAUUGUUGCUUCCACAACUACCGCUUAUAUACCGCCCACUACUACUCCCACAACAAUAACUAUUAGUACCACUACAACUACCGAUUCCCCAAUAAUAAUUCCCACAACUACUACUUCAACAUCAACUACUUCCUCGACUGAGUCUACUCUAUCUCUUACUACUACUUCUACGACUACUUUACCCACCACCUCCAGAGCAGAAUCUAGUACUACUACGGUCACAGCUACACCAUCUACAACAACAGCAAUAACAACCACCACCUCAUCUAAUGCACUUCCAACAACAAGCAGCGCACCAUUUACUACCUUACUUAAUACUUCAACUGGUACGCCCGAAAGCACAACAAUAAAAACAACUACACGAUCUCCAGAUAUAACAACACCGCAACCAACCGCACUGUCGUCUAGCAAUACAGCUCAAAUCUCAACAGAAUCAAGUACAAUUCCAUCCCCAACAACUUCAACAACCACAGAAGAACAACCAUUAAUAACAGAAACAGAAAUCUUGGAUUACACUACAUUGUGGCCCACCACAACAGAACAUGAAGAAUUGUCAACUAUAUCUACAGCAACUACACGUCGCACUAGAACCACAACACGAAGAACGACUAUUUCCAGAACGACAACUGAGACUGUUGCCUCCACUACGAAACUAACUACCGAAUCAACAACUGAGCAGCAUACUACAACUAAUAAUCCAAUAACAACAACGACAUCUCUGCGGACAACAGCAACAACAACAAACCAGCCUCCUCAAUCAACGAUUGCAUUCUCAACUGAGACUACUUCAUCCACCACAUUGCCUGUAUCAUCAUCCACCUGGCUGGACACGGAAACAACUGAAUUAACAACUCCAGCCCCAACAAUUGGUCUGACCACCCUCGCAGCUUCCACAUCGCAUUCUUCAAUUAAUGAGCCACUUGUCCCGAUAUUCCGUCCUACCCAUCUACCGCUGAGCCAGGAACCGUACGAUGAAUCCAGUGCCAUCUGGAUCGCAUUGACCGGCAUUUUCGUUACUCUAUUUUUUCUAGUAACGGCAGUCGGCAUCUAUUUGUACGUCAGCUGUCGACAGAUAAACAACACCGUAAACCGAGAGCUAGAACUUGGCGAUGUUGAUCCUAGACCCACCAUGCCGGCUCCACAAACCGCCAUCAAUCAGUACGUGUCGCCAAUGGUUCUGCAAAAUUUCCACCGUCAACGGCAGGAGCAGAUGAAGAACCGCGCCCGGAAGCAGCGUGAAAGUGUACGGUCUACGACCAGUGACAACAGCAGUGCCUUCGUCAACACUAGGAGGUACACUAAGGAACCCAUCUUACCCCUUGCCAGUCGGCCAUUCUCGCUGGCUGCGGAAAUCAAGAAGGCUAGACUCAAGAGUGGACUUAAUAAAUUUUAG